GGGGGGUCGCGGCGCUAUGGCCGCACUGUGCAGAGGCUACGGGCGGCUGCUGGCGCGGCGGCCGCGGGCCGCGCAGGCCCUCACGGCCGGGGCCCUCAUGGGAGCUGGCGACGUGAUUGCGCAGCAGCUGGUGGAGCGGAAGGGCCUGCGUGGGCACCAGGGCCGCCGCACUGUGAAGAUGAUGGCCAUCGGCUUCUGCUUCGUGGGUCCCGUCCUGGGCAGCUGGUACAAGGUCCUGGAUCGGCUCAUCCCAGGAGCCACAAAAGCCGUGGCUGUGAAGAAGAUGGUUCUGGACCAGGGAGGCUUUGCACCGUGCUUCCUUGGCUGCUUCCUUGCCAUCGCGGGGGCAAUGAAUGGCCUGUCAGUGCAGGAAAACUGGUCCAAGAUCCAGCAGGACUACGUGGAUGCCCUGCUCACCAACUACUGUGUAAGUGCUGGCGACAGCGGGAGCCCAAGUUGGCCCCACACGUGUCUGUCUCCAGAGCUCCCAAUCUGGCCGCCGGUGCAAAUUGCAAACUUCUACUUUGUCCCUCUGAACCACAGGCUGGCUGUCGUCCAGUGCGUUGCCAUCGUCUGGAACUGCUACCUGUCCUGGAAAGCAAAUCGGAUGUAAGAGGAGAGGCCCCAUCCCGUGACUGCCCGUCUGCUCAUGUGCUGUGUGACUCUGCACUGCAUCCAGAGCCCGUGAAGCAGGUGUCCCUGGGCCACGGACGGGAAUGGGGGAUCUGGCUGCCCGGUGUGCUGGGCAGUAUCCGUCCAGCUCUCUCCUUGGGAGCCCCCAUCUGCCACUCCAGCUGUCAUUGCUCCUGGGGACGUGGGGAAGUAAAGCUGCAGCCUUGUCUGUCCCGAGCCAGGCCAGUGCCGGGGGCUGCUCUGGGCCUGGGCACUGGCCCUGAGAGCAGCGCGGUGCCCUGGGCUGAGCCCCAUGCCCCCUGCUGCCACCUGCUCCCCCAGAGCAGUGGGGUCCCCUGCUGCUCUCUGCUCUCACCCUGGCCGCAGGCAGCUCAGCGUGGGCAGGCCGGGGGUGGCUGAGGGCUGGGGCCUGUGGGACUGCUCCCGCAGCAGGCAGGUUGAGCCACGAGGGCCGCGUCGAGCGGAGCUGAGCCUGGUGUCUAACCCUCACGCAGCAGGAGCCCCCGAAGGCUCCUGCCUUCCUGCCGUCUCAGAGGUUGGCCCUCAAAUCCUGCAUGGCACUAGCCCGGGUGGUUCCUGGAAGGAGUCCUGUGUGUCCAGGCCCAGCAUGGCCUGGCUGCUCCUGGAUCCUGCUGGUGCCAUGGGGCAACUCUGCCCCUCGAGGCAUUUCUCUGUCCUCCUUGCUCACUCCUCUCCCUGGCCCUGCGCUCCUAGGGUGUUUCUGCCCUGCAGAUGUGGUCCCUCCUUUUCCAGUGGCAGAUCCCAGGAGACGGCGAGCACUGCAGUCCUGGUGCAGCUGCCUGGCACUUUGUACCAAGGGUGAGGCAUGGCCCGAGCUCGGUGUUGCGCUCAACAGCUGGGGUUAAUGCAGCUGAGGAGCUGGCUGUCCAGCGUGCCCCAGCCUCUACCGGAGCACUGCCACAGGCCGGUUAUACUUUGCAUGAGUACGGUUGUGCUUUGCAGUGAAAGUAUGUUUUCUUUGUGACUCUGCUGCUGGCAGUUGGAGGACCCAAUAAACAAGGUUGUUCCCUA